AUGGCCUAUAGCAGCACUGUGAAUGGUUCUGUGGACUUUACUACAGUUGAAGGUACGAAUGGCUCUGCCAUAGUCGUAGCAAGCAUUGCGAAAAUAUCUCGCACAUCGAUUUUUACCGACAAUGAUCAACAGAUGUUACGGCGUAUUGCCUAUGCCGAAACUAAAGAUGGAAAUGAUCUUAGGACGUAUUCAUCCAACGAAAACGGUGGGAUCUGGCGAGUUGGUGAGUCAAAAUAUGCUGCUACCAAAGAUACCAGCUCUAAUCGACAUCUUGAACCAAAAAUCCAAGCAAUAUCAACCACCUUUGGCAUUGAAUGGCUUUCCACUAAUUGGACUGAUUUAAGGAAGCCAUUUUAUUCUGCUCUUGCUGCUCGACUUUAUAUGUUAGUCAUCACCCAAUCAAUUCCACUGGCCUCUAACAUUAAUGGCCAGGGAAGCUACUGGGCUAACUACUUCACAAGCUCUGGUGGGACACAAUCAGAUUAUGUGACUGCUGUCAAUGAAUUACUGAUUUUGCAGAAUUGUAGCGUAAAUGCACUUGAUUUAUAUUUUGUCAUGGAUGCAUCUGGUAGUGUUGGAUCAUCAAACUUUCAACUCAUGAAAAACUUCGUCUAUAACAUUGCUAAUAGUUUUAAUGUUGGCAGUGAUAGUGUCCGUGUUGGUGUAAUGUCCUUUGCAUCAUCCAAUUCUUACCAUUUCCACCUAAACACUUACACAACAAAAUCAUCUGUACUCACUGCUAUUAAUAAUUUACCUUAUAGUGGUGGGUACACAUACACAGGACAAGCUUUGGAUGGAAUGAGGACUAGAGGCUUCUCUACAUCAAACGGUGCACGUCCCAGUAGUCAAGGAGUACCACGGGUGGGGAUUGUUAUAACUGAUGGACAAUCAACCAAUCCUUCUGCUACUCUAACAGCAGCUACUAAUGUACAUAAUGCUGGCAUCAUUGUUUUUGCUAUUGGCAUUGCAGGAGCAAAUCAAAAUGAGCUCAACGCUAUUGCAUCUCAGCCAUCUUACGUGUCUUUCAUUUCCUCAUUCAGUUUGGCACUACUGAACUCACUUCAAUAUACUAUUAGCCAGGAAUCUUGUGUUGCAUCACCUGAUGUUAAUUUGGGCGAGACUAUUUCAGAUAAUAUUGGAUCUGGGGAAACAAAGUACCUCAAUUACCCACUCCCUAAUAAUGAUCAAGGCAUUACUAUUGUCCUUAAUGUGACAAAUGGUUCAGCUACAUUGUAUGCAUCAACAGUUGUUUCCACUCCUAAUGAAGCCUUUCAUGAUGUUCAAAUUACAACUGACAGAUAUGAAGAUGUCUAUAUUGAUCCAGCUAACCUAACAAAUCCUUCCAGUGCUGAUACAGUGUAUAUUGCCAUUGAGGGUACUAGUAAUAGCGGUUCAAAUCAAGUGCAAGUGAGUGCAACUCAAGGAGACACUUCUACUGACCCAGUAGCAAUAGAAAAAUUCACCAAAACAAACUUUUCCAAGAAUUUUGGUGCAACUAUUACAGUAGUAUGCAGAGCUAGUGGUAAACCUCUACCGGCCCUUAUUUGGAACAAAGGCGGCGUUCCCAUCACAGCUUCUAACGUCUAUGCGACUAACACUAUUAUCAGUAACACUACUAUUCAAAGUGUCAUUACUAUUACUAAUAUUAAUUUUGACAAUGAGGGUAUUUAUCAGUGCAUCGGAACAAACACUUUACCAGGUGGACUGACAUCUUAUUCAAAAUCAUUCACAUUAACUGUAAUUGGAUUGAUUGUUACCAACUUUACUGGAAUUCCAAUAAGUUCUACUUCAAUAUAUCUCAGCUGGGCACUGCCAGCAGGAUACACUCCUCAGUAUUACUUAGUGAAUGUUAAUGAACUAGAGACAAAUCAUUCCUGGACCUUUCAUGCUGUAGAGAGUUGGGCCAAUAUUAUAUCCUUACAUCCUUACUAUACAUACGGUUGCAGUGUGGCUGUUGUUUUGAAUGAAACAUCUCCAUAUUCAAAAUACAUUUUUGUCACCACACAUCAAUCAGUGCCCACUGGAGUCAUACAGUUUCCUGUUCUAAACCCAACUUCAUCUUCUGAGCUUAAUGUUACAUGGAUGGCCCCACCAUUGAAUCAACAGAAUGGUAUCAUUUCGUACUAUAUUGUUGUGAUUACGGAAAAAGCUACUAACAUUACAUAUCAUAACACAACAAAUUUAACUUGGUUUUAUUAUUUCAAUCUUCAUCCUUAUUAUGAAUACAGUAUUGAUAUUGCUGCUGUAACUAUUGAUAUCGGGCCAUUUUUAACAGGAAUUAAUGUGACUAUGCCAGAAUCAGCACCUUCUUCUUCCCCUAUUGAUGUUCAUGCUGCUAAUAUUAGCUCAUAUUCUGUUAACAUUUCGUGGUUACCACCUCCAGCAAAUCGUCAGAAUGGAAUCAUAAGGUGGUAUGAAAUACUAAUUUAUGAUCCAGAGUCUGAGAUAUUCGAUCUAACAGUUUCAACCACAUAUGCUGUAAUUACUGGUUUGUCUCCUUACUGUAAUUACAUUGUGUCAGUCAGUGCAUAUACUGUUUCCAAUGGACCUUAUUCUGAAUGGAUAACUGUUACUACUUCGGAAGAUGCUCCUAGUGCUCCACCUGAUGACUUAAAUGCAACAGUGACCUCUCCUUACUCAGCAUUACUGACCUGGGAUCCACCUCCUAAUGACCAGAUGAAUGGUGUUAUUAUAAGCUAUGUCAUCAACGUAGUUAUACUUGAGACUAGAGAAAAUUUCACCUUGUACUCAAACACUACUUCAUUGUUUGUUGAUGGUUUGAGGCCUUUUAGAACGUUUGAAUGUAUCAUUGCUGCUGUCACUAAUGUUGGUGUUGGACCAUACAGUGCAAUCUUCACAUUGUCUACUCCUCAAGAUGCUCCAUCUAGCUCGCCUGUGCAAGUUCGUUCCAUGUCAGUCACAUCAAGAAGCUUCUCAUUGUAUUGGGAUCCACCUUCCUAUGAUGAUCAGAAUGGUGUUAUAAACUAUUAUAUUAUUAGAAUAAUAGAAGUUGAAACUGAUGUAACAUCAGAAUACACAUCCUAUACUACAGUUAUCUCUCUUUCAUCUCUUCAUCCAGCCUAUACCUAUUACUGCAGCAUUGCAGCCUACACAGUUGCUCUUGGACCAUUUUCCAUUCAGUUCAACAUAACCACUGAUGAAGAUGUACCAACUCAAUCUCCAGUUAAUUUUGUUGGUUCUGUACUUUCUUCUUCAUCUGUGUCUUUAUCUUGGAAUCCACCACCAGCAGAAAGUCAAAAUGGAAUAAUAAUUUCUUAUCAUAUAAAUCUAACAACAUUAGCAACUGGCUCAGUGUCUCUCUACACAAGUUAUGACACUGCAUUACAAGUCAAGGGACUAGUCCCAUACACUACUUAUACAUGUCUAAUAGCAGCAGAGACAAGCAUUGGAAGGGGACCAUACACUACUAUAAUCUCUUUCACCACAAUGGAAGAUGCUCCAACAUCAUCCCCAGUUAUAAGUUCCCAUUCUAUAAUUGAUUCACACUCAGUGGCCAUACACUGGAGCCCUCCUUCAAUCAAUCAUCACAAUGGAAUCAUUAGAAAUUAUAUUGUUCAUAUAGUGGAAAUGUCUGGAAGCAGAAAUGCAGUCAGAGUUUAUAACACUACUGCUACUACUGUUGUAAUUGGAUCACUGAUACCAUCUUAUGCAUACAAAUUUUUUAUAGCAGCUUCUACUGUAGCUAUUGGACCAUAUACAUCUGUUGUAAUUACAUUGCCUGAAGAUAUUCCAAGUGGCUAUCCAAAGGAACUUGCUGUCAAUGAUACUACCUCAGACUCAUUCACAUUGACUUGGAACUCUUUACCAUAUGAAGAACAGAGUGGUGACAUUAUCGGCUAUGUUGUUAAUGUCACUCAUGCUGAUACUCUUUCAACUGUACAGUAUUACACAAUUCUCACUAGUAUUGUAAUCACUGGUCUUGAUCCUUACACCACAUAUGUUUGUGUUGUAGCUGCUGAAACUUCCGUUGGUGUAGGACCUUUUAGUCACUUAUUCUUUAUACAAACAGAUGAACACUACAACAUUAGCAUUACUGAAGUAGAAACUGGUAUUGUAACACAUUUCACAACCACCUCAGUUAGUUACACACUAACUGAUCUACACCCAUUCUACACAUACAAGUGUACUAUAGUAGCAGUUACUAUUGGAGCUGGUCCUGUUACUAGUCUGACAGUACAAAUGCCAGAAGAUGUUCCUUCUACUGCUCCGAACAAUGUUUUAAAUACUGAAGUGACAUCAAAAAGUCUUACCAUUAACUGGGAAGCGUUACGUCUUGAAGAUCAAAAUGGAUUGAUUCGACAUUAUAUAAUAAAUGUGACGGAAACUGACACAGGAUCUCAGUUCCAGUAUACAUCAACUACUAUUGGCAUCACUCUUACUGACCUGCAUCCUUACUACACAUACAGCAUCUCAGUAUCUGCAUUCACUAUAGCUGCAGGUCCAUGGUCUGACCCAAUAAUUAUUAUAACAGCUCAAGAUGUUCCUUCUAGUCCUCCCAUUGACAUUAUUACAUCAUCAAUAACUUCUACUGCUGCUACAAUUCAUUGGUCACCUCCUUCACCUAGUGAAAGAAAUGGAAUUAUCGUUGGAUAUAAUAUCACCAUUGAGGAUUCUUUAUCAGAUAUUGGGCAAGAUGUUCUUUAUAGUUUGAGACCAAUUCUCACUAUAAAUUUUCUUGAGCCAUACACAGUGUACCAGUACAGUAUUGCUGCAGUAACUACUGUUGGGCAAGGUCCAUAUUCAACCUUUUUAUCAUUUCAAACAAAUGAAGCUGCUCCCUCAGAGGCACCAGAGUCAUUAUCAGUGGUUUACAUUACUAGCACAACUGUAACACUAACAUGGGAUCCUCCUCCUUUUGAUUCUCACAAUGGUGUUAUCAGACAGUAUACUGUUAGACUUACUGGCAGUGAUGAUCAAUUUUUGUACAAUGCAACAAAAAAUUCUAUCACCAUUUCUGACUUGCUACCUUAUACUGACUAUGAGAUUUCUGUGUCAGCAUAUACAGUUGCCAAUGGACCUUUCACUAGAUAUUUGUCUGUAACGUCUGAUGAAGCAGUUCCUAGUACUUCACCUAGCAUUGUAUCUGUAACAGCUAUCAAUUCAUCAACUCUUAGCUUAUCAUGGAAUCCUUUAGCAUCUUCUGAUGCUAAUGGCAUAGUUCGAGAGUAUAUUGUUGAUGUAUUUGUGCAGGAUUUAUCAGAGCACUAUCAGUAUUCUACUGUUAAUACUAGUCUAAUUUUGACUGAGCUACAUCCAUACUACACUUAUACAGUGUACAUUGCUGCAGUCACCAUUGGCAGAGGACCAUUUUCAUCUGGAAGUAGUAUAAGGAUGCCACAAAAUGCUCCAAGUGGUUCACCUAGUAAUGUAACUGGCCUACCACUCAAUUCAACUGCUAUUCAAGUGUCCUGGGAUCCGCCACAUCUCCAUUUACAGAAUGGAAUCAUUAAAUCCUAUACUAUUAUUCUAUUAGAGUUGAGAACGAAUACUUCACAGUUAUUAUCGCAAAAUUCCCUCUAUACUACAGUGAUCAUUGGUGGACUGCACCCUUAUUAUGAUUAUAGGAUAUCUGUAGCAGCUUACACAGUCGGAGUAGGUCCAACAUCUAUUACUACCAUCAGGACACUACAAGAUGUCCCUUCAGUAUCACCUCAAAGCCUAAGAGUGAAUAUUUUGAGCUCGACAACUGUUAAAAUUGUUUGGCUUCCGCCACAACCUACACAACAGAAUGGACUCAUAUCUCAUUAUACUGUAGUACUUUAUGCUAAGGAAACUAAGGAAACUUUGCAGUAUAACACAACUCAAUCUUCCAUUGAACUUUCCAGCCUCCAUCCUUUUUAUAAUUAUACAUGUCAUGUUGCCACAGUAACAAUUGGACCUGGACCAAAGAGAUCCAUUUCCUUUCAAAUGCAAGAGGAUGUCCCACAAGGACCACCACAAAAUCUAACAGUUACCACUUUGAAUCAAAGUACUAUUCUCAUUGGUUGGUCUCCUCCUGUUAUCUCACUGCAAAAUGGAAUUGUCAGAUCUUACACCAUCUACAUAUUCCAUAAUUUAACUAGAUCAACAAACUCAUACACAGUUUCCAACACAACUACACACAUUGUUACAGAUCUAAAACCCUUUUCUGUUUAUUCCAUUAGUGUAGCAGCAUCAACAAUAGGUAUUGGUCCUUUCACUUUACUUAUACCAGUGAUGCUCCCAGAAGGAAUUCCAUCACUGGCUCCAUCUCAAUUUGUGGCUGAGUUUGUUUCUAAUGGAACAGCUCUUUAUUUUUCAUGGAUACAGCUACCAAUAGAUGAUAUCAAUGGAAUAUUGUUAGGAUAUCAGCUCAGUUGCAGUGGACAAAAUGAACAUGCAUUCUCUGAUAUAAUAACUGGAACAUCAGCUUAUGCUUAUGAUGUAAACAAAAAUACUCAUUAUACAUGUCAAGUAUGUGCAUUCACUUCCGUUGGUUGUGGACCAACAGCUGUGACAUACAUCAGCACAUAUGAGAACUCUCCUAUUGGACCUCCUCAUUCUCUGUCAGCUAACUCAACCAGUACUACCAUUCAUCUUUAUUGGAAGGCACCGCUUGAUCCUGACUCUGUCAUUUUGAACUAUGUUGUAUCGUACUACUUAUUGUCAACAUCAUUUACAAUAGAAACUCCUCGUCCAAGUGUCUCAAUUGCUGGCAUUAAUGAAACAUCAUAUUUGAUUUCAUCUUUGCUGGUAUCAUCAACUUAUCAAAUUGAAGUGUUUGCAGUUACGAAAGAAGGAAGUACUCUACCCACAAGUGAACCAAUAAAUGUAACGACAAGCUCUUCAGAUUCAAACUCUCCUAAAAACUUUACAUGUUUAGCUAAAAGUGCAACCAGUUUGAAAUGUACAUGGCUCCCUCCUGAGAAUUUAAAUUAUUAUGUGGAGAGUUACAAUAUUAGUUACAGACUCGCUGAGGGAUUUGAUUAUUAUCCUGGCUAUGGAAAAGCAUUAGGUACAGUAAAUUUACACUCCCCUGCUCUUGAGUACGGUAUAACUGGCUUACAACCAUAUGGAGGAUAUAUAGUAGAAUUAGAAGCCUUUCUUUUACCUACAAUUGGAUCUGGAUACUCAGGCUCCCAGCCGUUUGCUCUUGAUGAAAUCAAAGGAGCUGUCACUACAAUUGCAGUGACCAACCCUGAAACUCCUUCAGCAGCAGUGGAAAAUAUUUAUAUCACUGUUAUAAUUUCUAAUGUCAUAAAUGUUUCAUGGAAACCUCCAAAAAGAAGAGAUUGGAAUGGCAGAAUUGAUUUUUACAAACUAAUUUUGACCCUUCACGAUGAUGUUGACUUAAAGAAGAGGGCCGAACCUGCAACUAGGGAAAUACUAGUGAAACCAACCAGUAAUCAUCCCGAUCCAAGCCUUGCUAAAGAGCCAUUACAGCCUGAGUCAAGUCUCAUUGAAGGAUUAGAAGAAAACUUUGAGUACUCUUUGACCAUUGUAAUCAGUAAUGCUGCUGGUAAUGGUAUUGUGAGUGAACCAACUACUCAGAAAAUGCCACAAGCUGCUCCCAGUGGACCUCCUGUCAAUGUAACGUUGAAAAGUGUGACUACAAAUACCUUUAAUAUUACUUGGCUUCCUCCUAAUCCAUUGGAUGCUAACGGAGUCAUCACUGGUUAUCAUGUAAUAUUCAACAGAACUAGAAUCAACGAUAUCAGUAGCUAUAUGCUGACUGCUAGUCAUAAUUAUUUCUUGAAAAAAGGGUUGCACUCAUAUGAAAUGGUUAGUUUUAAAGUGGCAGCUAAAACAGAUGUUGGUUUUGGACCAUUUUCCUCUGAAUAUUUUUUCCAAACAAAUGAAGAAAUUCCAAACCCACCACUUUUUCUGAGAGCAAGUUUAUUUAAUGUCUCUUCAGUACUACUGAAAUGGGAAUCUAUUAGGAAUGAGCCAGUGAUUGAAUAUGAAGUGUUUUACACAGGGUAUAGUCGAAUGGCUAGCCAUACUAAUGGACCACAUCAAAGUGUAGUUUUGUACUCUAAAAUUCCUCAGAUUGUCAUAGUAAAUUUGAUGUCAGGAUAUUUAUACCAAUUCAAGGUCAGAACUCGUAAUAAUGCUGGAGUCAGUGGAAAUUCCUCUGUUUUGAUAACAAUACCAGGUUUUGAAACAUCACCUACUCAUGUGGGAGAAGUUUCUGGAGCUAGUGAUGGAUUUAGUACCUUUAUGUUUUAUAUCCCCAUUGCUUUUGCCUUAUUAAUAUUUGUUGUAUGCACAAUAAUAAUAAUUGUUAUUAUGGUCUUUUUAAAGAAGAACAGAAGCAAGAGGAAGCAAAAAUUUGAACCAUCUAUGACUAGCAACCCACUAGAUCUACCAUUAUCUGGUGAUGAUAUUCAACCUGAACCUACAAAUCCUGUUGAAGAAACAAACCUCAACAGCAUGAGUUUGAAUGAAAGUGUGAACUGUGAAAAUAUAGGAAGCAAUGCUACUGAUGAUCCAACCAGUAUUGAUCAUGCUUAGUUCCAGUAGCCCAUCAGUGGCUGCUUUACUUCAGGAACCUAAUUUUUGCAAUUGCAAAGUUUUAGUGUUGGUUUUUUUAUUUUACUGUGUGCAUGUAGCUAGUUAGUGUAAACUUAUUCAAUAUUGGUAGUGAAACUUCAAUUUGUGUUUAGUUUAUUUUAAUUUUUAUCACAAUAA